CCUGCAGAGUUGUCGAUGCAUUCAGAGGGCCGAUUACCAAUGUUGGUUAAAAAGUUCGCGCGUUAAAACCGUUCUUGCAACCUUGAUAGUAAAGAAACCGGUUCCGGUUAGUGGUUAAUCAGAGAGACUAGGAGAAAAUGAGAAACGUCUUUGAGGCCCAACAUGCCCAAGGCUGCAUAGAAAUCGAAUGACUCUCUUGGCAAUGGUCAGUCAGUUCAUGACACCAAACCCUGACAAGACAUGGGCAGAAAGGGUGGAGCAGAUUCUGGCUACAAAAAAAGUGCGGGGAAGGACUCUCUACAAAGUGCGCUGGAAGACAUACGGCCCCAAAGAUGAUACUUGGGAACCCUUAAGCCAUCUCAAGGGAUGCCAGGAAUUGCUGGAACAGUUCAGAGCCAAGGAGGUGUCACAGAAGGCACUGCAGAAAGCAUCAUCCCAGUCACAGCAGAAGGCUGUAAAAUACACUCAGCUGGGUGUGAAGCAGUCUGUGGGUGACAUGAGCUCAGCUGACGGAGACAGAGUUGGCAUGAACGAUGUUGAUGGACAGGUGACUGUUGAGGAUAGAGGAGACAGAGAGGUUGACAUGUCCUUAAGAAGAUCAGCCUUGAGGAGAAGAGUUAGGACAGAUGCCUCACCUUUAAUGAUGGGAGAUGCUCAGUUCAUGCAAGAGACUACAGAAUCAACACAGGAAGAAAACAGUGACAUCGAGAAUGGCAAUGAUCCUACAUCCUCACCUUUUCUUGCAUUCUUGUGCAUUGCAUUUAUUACAACAAUCAUUCUGCUCAUUUACAUGACGCCAUAAUGAACAGCUUUCUCAGAAUUCUCUUGUUUUAAAUUGAAAAUCGGUUCCAUCAGGAAGUUUUGUUUUGUGCAUUACCUAUAUUUGACUCCGAGUACAAUGUUGGGCAACACUAGUAGCUGUAUUUUGCAAGUAGCGAAUAGAGUUGAAUUUGCCCCAACAAUAUUCUUUUUUAUACAAGGAUAGACUUACUUUUUUUAAAUUAAUUACAUUUCAUGCAUAUAUCGCCGGAAAUCUGUUUAAUCAUGAAACUUAAAGGGUUUACAACUUCAAAAAGUCAGUGUGCACCUCCAUACAGUGUGUGAGUUGAGUGCUUUUGACUUCUCAUUUACUGCCAAAUGUUGAACUGGUGAGAUGUGAACAAAGCUGCAGAUCAUGGGCAUCAUGAUUAAGCACAUAGAGUUAAGAUCAUAGAAUAAAUUGACGACUUAAGACUACCACAGAUUUUAAAAACAUUUCUAGAACAAAAGUAUCAGGAAAGUACUUGGCCUAGUGCUUUUUCAAAUACUUUCUCCAUGCUCAUACUUUUCUCCUGAAAGCUCAUACUUUUCUCCUCAAAGCUCAUACUUUUCUCCUCAAAGCUCAUACUUUUCUCCUCAAAGCUCAAUGGAAUGAAGCAUUUCGAAGAUUGAAUAUUUACAUGUAGUUUUCAAAAUAUAUUUUCAUCUCUUUCUUAUACAUUUUAAAAAUUUACACUGUUUUCAGCAAACAGCUCGUAAGUCUUGCACAUAGAAUACAUCCUCCUCUGAAAUGUUUUGAAUAAUUUUUAAUUUAAUAGAGAUGUGGAAAAAGGUACAUGUAAUACAAGAAGUACCAGAAUUUUUAAGUAUAACCUUUUGCCCAUUUGAAAAUUCCAAAGUCUUCCACUUUGCAAGAAACCAAGAUAAAUAUUGUGUGUGGUUGGUUUUUGGCAGUUGUGAAUGUACAAGGGGUUUUAGCAAGCCCAAUCUAGGGGCUUUCCCUUGUAAUUAUGUCAACUAGUAGUGAAGAUUUGUCAAAGUUGUUUAAAGUAUCAAAAGGGAAGCAUUUCAGUGCACAUCUUUAAACAAUUGAGAUUAUAAAAGGUAAGUUACAGCUUUUGUAAGUUGUCUUUCGUCUGACAACACAAAUUCAGGAAUAUAAGUUAUCGACUGAGAGUUGUAAAACUGUUUUCUGUACAAAAAUCAGCAAUAAGAUUUGCAAAUUAUAUGUGUUAAUUAAGGUUUUAACAAAGUUUGAUUCAUACCAUUUUGUCUAAUGGUCAUGAAAUCAAUCAGCCAAGGAGACAACAGAUUUGCAUGGGCAAAGGUUUCAAAUAUUUGUGACCUGUCACAACAAAAUGAGAAUAAAGUAGCAUCCCACUCUUUUCUACUUUGAGGGUUCAGAGUCAUAUUGAAGUGGAAGUCAAUUUUGAGGUUUAGUAAUAUUUGGAAAGGGUAACCUGUCCUGUUUAAUUCCAAAUAGUUUGCAGGAUCAUAUAUUUAAAAAUGUCAUUUUCUUAGCAAUUUGAUGAUAGUAUUAUUUGUGCCUAGUCAGAAAUGUUGAAACAAUGUCGAGAACAAAGACGCAAAGCUGUCAGAUUAAUGUUACAUUGUCACCUUAUACUUAAUCCCUAAGUGCUCUAUGCACACACCCCAAGAAAGCUUUUUUUCUGCUUAAUUCAAAAAUACCAAUAACUCAGUUUUUGAAAAUUCUAUCUUUCAGCUCAUUUUGUGGCGACAGGCCACGUUUUUAAAACACCUCAGACCAAAACGAAGAAUUUUUGUAAAGAAAAAGAAGAGUUUGUUAUUAAUUUGUGUUUCUUUUCUGAUGUUUUGCUUUACAAUAUACUGCUGUAAGUACAUGUAGCAGAUAUAAAUACAUAGGCAUCUGUUAACAACUGGGUACUGUUCAGGAUUAAGUUUGUGGAUUAAUUUUUUCUAAAGAGGAUGGGUUUAGAUUUUUGAGUGAAACAUGAGGUAAAAAUCCCUGAUGACUAUGCAGCCUUGAACUUAUGUAUGCUUGCAACAUGCGCUGAAAAAACAAACAUGGCAGCAGUAAAACUUCCAUGGUUGGCAGUUGCUGAAAGGUUGACUUAAGUUCUACUCAGAAAGGCAGUCUCUGAUUGGCCAUAAACUUUUACCGUGGGGGGGGGCUUGCCUACUUCCACAAUAACAUUUUGACAGCAGUGUAUAUGCAUGCAGUGUGUCAUCAUAUGUCGGUUUGCUUUCAGAAACUUGGGUAAAAAGUGGAAUUUUCUCAUUCCAUAUUUCAAGUUCCAUUCGAAAUUCUAUAAAGAGGAGGCUAACAAAUGUAACAGAUGUCAUUUUACAGUGACAAACCCUAUUUGGACUGAAUGUUGGUAAUGAAUAUCAAAAUUUAGAUGUGUGUUUGUUUGUAAAUAAAUCUAUUUUUAAAUCA